UUCAUUGAUAUGGUAACCUUUCUAAUUAAUGGUUUUGUUUUGCUAUGCGUAUUCGCCAUUACUUGAAGUUUUCACAUAUUCCUACAAUUACACAAGUAGUUUUUGCAUUUGCAUGGAAACUAGGCUAAUUGGCAUUUUAUUUAGCACUGCAUACAAUAUAAAAUAUACAAGAGAAAUCUUAUCUAGCUGCUAACAGUAUUCCUUGAGUGAACGGUGCAUUUUAAGAUGUUAAAAUUAAAGCAGUUUUCCGGUAUUACUACAGCACUUAAAAAUGGUGUCAACUUUAGCACAACUAUUAAAAGAGAGGUUAAUCCAAAAACAGCUGUACUCAUGCUAAACAUGGGUGGACCUCAGACAACAGAUCAAGUACAUGAUUAUUUGUUACGCAUAAUGACUGAUAGGGAUAUGAUACAAUUACCGGUACAAAGUAAAUUGGGACCUUGGAUUGCUCAGAGACGUACUCCUGAAGUUCAAAAGAAGUAUCAAGAAAUCGGAGGUGGUUCUCCAAUUUUAAAAUGGACAGACCUACAAGGUGAACUAAUGUGUAAGGAAUUGGAUCGCUUAUCACCAGAAACAGCACCACAUAAACAUUACGUCGGUUUUCGUUAUGUGAAUCCUUUAACAGAAGAUACUUUAGAGAAAAUUGAAAAAGAUAAACCCGAGAGAAUAGUAUUAUUUUCUCAGUAUCCUCAAUAUAGUUGUGCAACUUCUGGUUCAAGUUUUAAUUCCAUUUACCAACACUAUCGUAAAAGGUCUCUGCCAUCAAAUAUCAAAUGGAGUGUCAUUGAUCGCUGGGGUUCGCAUCCCUUGCUGAUUAAAACAUUUGCCGAUCGUAUUCGGGAAGAAUUGGAUAAAUUUUGUGAGACUAAACGCAAUGAUGUAGUUAUUCUUUUUACUGCUCAUUCUCUACCUUUGAAAGCAGUAAAUCGUGGAGAUCCUUAUCCCUCAGAAAUAGGAGCAAGUGUACAUAUGGUCAUGAAGGAAUUGGGUAACACCAAUCCCUACAGUUUGGCGUGGCAAUCAAAAGUGGGACCACUGCCCUGGUUGGCACCAGCAACUGAUGAUGCUAUUAAAGGCUAUGUAAAACAAGGCUUAAAGAAUUUUAUUUUGGUACCAAUUGCGUUUGUUAACGAACAUAUUGAAACUUUGCAUGAACUGGAUAUUGAAUAUUGUGAUGAAUUAGCAAAAGAGGUGGGUGUUGAGGAAAUGCGUAGAGCUGCUGCACCAAAUGACCACCCUUUGUUUAUUAAUGCUCUUAGUAGCAUUGUGGCGGAACACUUGACACAAGAUCAAACCGUUAAUCCAAAAUUUUUAAUGCGCUGUCCAAUGUGCGUCAAUCCAAGAUGUCGCGAUAGCAAGAAAUGGUAUAAGGAAAUCUGUUCACGUUAAACUGUACUAUUUUGGUUAAUUGGGUUCAUUAAAUAAUUGUUUUAUUUUACUCUUUCGAAAUAAAUAUUGCACUAAUAUCUCUCU